GACGCGUAUGACGUGGCGAGCUGAGUCGUUUUCUGACUGUACUUCAAUAGAUCUCACUCUCGCUGUUGGCGGUUUCAAAAUAGCCCUGUUUGUGAAAAUGGAGAUAAAUACAUGCAACAUUCAAGUCCUCCUGCAAGCUGCUGAAUAUUUGGAGCGGAGGGAACGAGAGGCUGAGCACGGUUAUGCUUCAGUGCUGCCAUUUUACAGUAAUGCAUUGUCAGAUAAAAGAAAGAAACAGAAAUCCAAGGCUCAAUCACCCGGGAACAGCAGGUCUGUUCACAAUGAACUGGAGAAACACAGGAGAGCUCAGUUAAGAAAUUGUCUGGAACAGCUGAAGCAGCAGGUUCCUCUGUCAUCUGAUUCGUCGAGGAACACAACCCUGAACCUGCUUAGACAAGCACAGAGGCACAUCAAGAAACUGCAGGAACAGGACGAGCGUGCAGAGCUAAUGAAAGAUCGUCUGCGCUGGGAGCAGAGAGAACUGCGCAUAAGGCUGGAAAAACUGCAGGGUAACACGGAGAGGAUGCGCAACGACAGCCUCGGAUCAGCCAUGUCCUCUGAGAGGUCGGAUUCAGAGAGAGAGGACGUUGAGAUUGAUGUGGAAAGCAUGGUGUGGACUCUGGAGUCUGAUGGACUGAGCUCAUCUCAUGCUGACGUGGACCAUAGCUAUUCAUCCUCUGAUCAUAACUGGUUAUGACUGGAUCUGACCAUCCCAGACCUAGAGACAUUACAAAACGGUAUUAAGAGGAUGAGGGACAUCACAACAGCACUCAAAACCCGGAAUUGCCAUCAUGGCUGCAGAAAAGCCUUACACUUUUGAUAUUUUCAACCAUCUGACGCAAACGUUUUCACAGCAUGACUGGAAUUUUUUGUGUAGUGUAUUUUUCACAAAGUUGCAUUCUGGUGCUCCAGUGUGGUGUACACUCACACGAUUCAUGUGUAACAAGUAUGUUUUUCCAGACUAGUUGUGGUCACACGCUAGUUGUCUUCUAUUCAGCUAAUUCAGCUUAACUUCAGGGUCAGCCUGCAGUACAAAUGAGCUUGCACUUAAAUCUUUAUUAUCCGACUUAUUUAAUUUGUUCUUUAUUAUUCCUAAAGUCUUGAUACGUUGCACAAAGCAUACACAUGAGCACUUGCAAUGUCUUUAGAUAUGUGUUGUUCCCAUGAGGAUGAGUAAAAUUUUAAAGGGAUAGUUCACCUGAAAAUUGAAUAAAGAAAUUAAGCAUGAGGGUGAGUAAAUGAUGACAGAAUUUUCUUUUUUGGAUGAACUAUCUCUUUAAAUCAAUGCAUUUAAUUUUUGGAUAUUUUUUUCUAACGGAGUAAGAGGUGAGGCCAAUUCAAAGAUUAUGCUACAAUUCAUACUUUCUUGAGUUUGUUUCUGGGCAAAUUGUUGGGCUUUACCGGUAAAUGAUUCUUGUUUAACUGCUGUCUCGUAUCGCCACAACUGUUAAUUUUUUCUGCCUUUUCUUACUACUUUUUGGUUUACAUGAGUAAAUCAAAGAUGGUGCUAUUUGAAGAUUCAACAACAAGCUAUUAAGUUGAGCCCCAAACUAAAGCCAGAAAAACAUUAUAUAGUGAAGUGUUGUUUUUAUGAUUAUUUUUUAUUUCUACGGUAGAGAUUAAACAGUUCCCUUUCCCCUAAACAUGUUAGUUGGUGCUCAUGUGUGAGAAUCACACUUUUAUGUUGUUGUAGUAUUGACAAAAUACAUGGGCCGUAUUUGCAAACAAUUCAGUAUCUGUUCAUAUCUUCAUUUAUGCAAACCCAUGUUUUUUGUUUGAAGAUGUUUGUACAGUAAUUGUUUUAAUGUACACAGCAAAAUAUGUUUUGAACACCAAAAGCCUUAUGAAUUAUUCGUAUGUCAUUGGACCAAGAAAACCUUUGUAUUUAUGUCUCUCCUUGUACUCAUAUGUAGCAUUUUAUUCUUUUUACAAAAACAUUUUGUACAAAUAAAUAUUUUAUGUAUUUAA